AUGGCACUUGCUGUUGUUGGAAAAGGCUCUCCUGGACUUCACGAUGUGAACUUGUUCAGCCACGGUGCAGCCCGGAACUACGCGCUGGCGCAGCCCGUCGUCUCCAGUGGCGACUUCGGCAGCGUCAGGCUCCACAUCGAAGCGUCCGCCAACGCCUCCGGCCCGGCCGAGGUCCUCUUCGAGGCCCCCACUGCCGCGGAGCUCCUGGGCGCCGCUGCGGCGGACGCCCGCGGAACUGGAGGCCGCGCCGCCGCGCUGCCCGCGGGGCGCCGCGGGGCCCUGUGGCUCCUGGCCAGUGUGGCGAUGGCCGGGCUGCUGGCGGCCACCCGCGCUGGCGCCGCCUGUGGGCGCGGGGCGCGCCGCGACUACCGUGGAGUGGCCGCCUUCGACCGCGCGGUGUGA